CACACGUAAUGGCAGGGACCGUAGAAAUGCAUCAUAUUGUAUUACUAAUAACUGUACCUUUCUACAGCAGUUUUCUCUGUUUAUGCAUGCAUGCUAAUUCCUUCGUACACGUUUCUGGUCAGAAUAUGGUUCUACACUUUUAGCCCUAUAGGUUGAAUACCGAUACAUCAGUUGAUUAAUCUUUCUCUUCUUUGCAAUCAUCAUCGUCUUAUCCGUUACGAUAAAUGAAUGUACACGACACAUUAAUUGCAGUAACAAAAAACAAACGUAACCAAAAAGUCUUCCACCUCCUCGAUCUGAAUCUCAAUCAACCUCAAGAUGGCAAAGACCCACAACUGUACGCAAAAAAUCUGCAUGUGUGCGGAGGUGGCCGAGCUGACUCACCUAUACCGCGAGCUCAAAUCUCAGCGUAAACUCGCGACAAAGAUGAACAAUGCCUUCGCGAACAUCGAAUUUCCAAUGACCGAACUGGAUGCGUCGGCCUUUGGCUCGGGUCUAGAGACUCUGCGCCGACAGCGCAAAAGUGUCAAGGAGCUUAUGCAGGCGUUGCGCGAUAUCAGCAAGGAGCUUGCCGAGGACGAGGAGGAGAUCUGCCAGACGGACAGAGAGAUUGCAGACUUGCAGGAUGAGCUUCGCGCGAUCGAAAAGAAAUCGGAUCGUCGGAAUUGUCGCGCUGACGUGACACCGAGAAAAAACGAGCGAAUUGAAACUGAUGAUGAGGCCUCUUGGAGGGAAUCAACGACGUUAGAGAUUCACGAGCAAGACAGACUGCAGGAAAGAAUCAACCGAAUGACGCAGUGCCUAGACUCCCUCAGAUCGAAGCUAAAGUCGGAUGAGGCGAAACUCCAGGAAGACAGGAUAACCGAUGCCAAGCUACUCCUUGACGCGAUAAACUACGUCGCCAAGUGCACAACGAACUCGGCAUUACUCAUUUCCAACAAUAAAUAACACACCAAGCAUAA